UGGUAGUGAUUUGAAAUAUUGUAAAAAGUCCUCAGGUUUUCAAAGGAGGAAGGUCUUUUCGUUGAUGCAGGUUUACAAUAUCAUGUUAGCAUGGAUCGUAGUAGUUAGUGACCAUCUUAAGAUGCGGUGUUUCGUGAAGGAUGCGGCAAUUUUCUAACAUUUAUAAUAUAUUAGUGUCUUUUCUAGACUAUUGUGCAACUAUACAGUAUAUAGUGUGGAUUUUUCACACAAUUCAUCUUCAGUAAUUUUGAAAGACCUAAAACAAUGCUGUCGGUAUCUAAGAAAACAAAAUUCUCUGUAAAAGAAGAGGGUGAUAGUGACAUGUCUCCUGCAGCAUCAGACAGUGACUUUGACGAAGAUGAUGAUCCAGACAAGAUUGAAGUUCCAGGAGGCGGUAAAGACCUAGCGACCUCAGCUACAUUAAACAAUAGAAUAGAGGAAAAACCAGUGCUAUCAAUGUCCAAAAUGUCACAACAGUAUCAACAACAGCAGCAGCUUCAGCACCAGCAACUGCAACAACAGCAAUCAUUGUUGAAGGGCAAGCUUCAGCAGACCAUGUACAACCUCAACAAGUUGCAAGGCCCAAUGCCCAACAAACUUCCAGGACUUGUGACCAAAGGUAACAUGACCCCAGGGUACGAGAUGGUCCGAGGGGCUGUAAGCGGAAUGCCUGGUCAAUAUGUCAACAUGCCCUCUCCAGGCAACAUGCUGAACAUGGCUUACCCUCCCAUGGGCUUCCCUAGCAACAUGAUGCCACCCAAUAUGAAUCCAGCCCAGUUCCUUCAGCAGAGUUUACAAGGUAUGGGUGGUGGUGGAGAUAUGGGUUAUCCUCCAAACUUAAGUAACAUGGGUGCAUUGGGGCAGUUUUUAUCAAUGGGCAACAGCCAGUUCCUGAAUCAGCUAUUGAGCCAAGGCAUGCAUCCUGGUGUAUGGCCAGCCAUGUUACCCAACAAAGCAGUCUCUAACAUGUGGGCUAAUGAGGAAUCUAAGAUAAGAGAGCAAGAUGAUGAAGAAAAUGAUGAUGAAGACAUGGGAGUAGCUGAAACCUAUGCAGACUACAUGCCUCCAAAAUUGAAGCUGGGAAGAAAGCACCCAGAUCCAGUAGUAGAGACAGCUUCUCUGUCGAGUGUGGAACCCACGGAUGUCUGGUACAAGCUGUCCCUGCCUGAAGAGACAAUACAGACAGGAUCACUCUCUGCACUUCAGCUGGAGGCUAUUACCUAUGCCUCCCAGCAGCACGAACACUUCCUUCCAGACGGCACUAGAGCUGGCUUCCUCAUUGGUGAUGGUGCAGGUGUUGGAAAAGGGAGAACCAUUGCUGGUUGUAUCUUUGAGAAUUUUCUCAAGGGUCGCAAAAGGGCAAUAUGGGUGUCUGUGUCUAACGACCUAAAAUAUGACAGUGAAAGAGAUUUAAAAGACAUAGGAGCUUCUAAGGUGGAGGUCUAUUCCCUUAAUAAGUUUAAGUAUGCCAAGAUCUCAUCACCAGUGAAUGGAAAUGUUAAGAAAGGUGUAAUAUUCUCCACGUACUCAGCCCUAAUUGGUGAAUCAUCUCAAUCUGGAGGAAAGUACAAGACAAGACUGAAGCAGCUGUUGCAGUGGUGUGGUGAUGACUUUGAUGGACUUAUAGUAUUUGAUGAAUGCCACAGAGCAAAAAAUUUAUGCCCUGUUGGUUCAUCAAAGCCAACAAAGACAGGUUUAACUGUAUUGGAACUCCAAAAUAAACUGCCAAAGGCAAGAGUGGUAUAUGCUUCAGCAACUGGAGCAUCAGAGCCCCGUAACAUGGCCUACAUGACCCGGCUUGGUAUGUGGGGUGAAGGUACUCCUUUCCCUGAGUUCACUGACUUCAUCUCUGCCGUCGAAAAGAGAGGUGUUGGUGCGAUGGAAAUAGUAGCCAUGGACAUGAAGCUACGAGGCAUGUACAUCGCUCGUCAGCUCAGCUUUCACGGAGUAGCGUUCAAGAUAGAAGAGGUCCCACUAUCUCCAGAUUUCGUGAAAGUUUAUGAUGAUUCUGUCUCACUUUGGGUGGAAGCAAUGCAGAGGUUUCAAGAAGCUGCGGAACUUAUAGAUGCUGAAAAUCGAAUGAAGAAAACAAUGUGGGGACAGUUCUGGUCAUCUCACCAGCGAUUCUUCAAAUACCUCUGUAUAGCAGCUAAAGUGAAGCAUGCUGUUCAGACAGCCAGAGAAGCUGUUAAGUGCGGCAAGUGUGUUGUGAUCGGUCUGCAGUCGACAGGAGAGGCUCGCACUCUCGAACAGCUUGAGAGAGAUGACGGAGAACUUUCAGACUUUGUCUCAACAGCUAAGGGAGUUUUGCAGACACUGGUGGAGAAACACUUUCCAGCACCUGACCGCAACCGCAUCUCUAGGCUAUUGGGGCUGGAAACUCCCCCAAAGAAAGAGAAACAUAACCACAUGAAUGGAGCAGACAAUGGGGGUGGGGGAGAGGGUAGCUCAGGUGGAGGCAAACGUAAACCAGUAAGACAAGCUGCGGCCCGGGCAGUCAAGAGGGUCAGGAAGGACUCCUCUGAUUCAGACUCAGAAAGAGAAAGUUCAGACUCAGAGUUCAAACUGAGUGUCAGUGAUGAGUCAGCUGGUGAAAUCUCUGAGGACAGUAAUGCCAGUAGUGAUUUCAAUCCAUUUGAUGAUGACAGUGAUAGUGAAGAUCCUUGGGUUGGCCGAAAGAAGAAGGGCAAGAAAAAGCCUCCAGCAAAGAAACGCCAGUCAACACAAGAUAAGAUAGAUUCUCUGCUGUUUAGAACAAAGAGUGGAGACAACAACAAGCCUGCACACAUGUUCCCCCAACGUGAUGCUAUAGAGCGUGCUUGUUCCAUGAAAGAAGACCUGCUGAUGAAAAUAGAGAGGCUAGGAGAUCGACUUCCUCCAAACACUCUUGAUCAGCUUAUAGAUGAAUUAGGAGGCCCAGAAAAUGUUGCAGAGAUGACAGGCAGAAAAGGCAGGGUGGUUCAGACCGAAGAUGGUGGUAUCCAAUACGAAUCUCGAUCUGAAGUUGAUGUUCCUCUAGAAACACUUAAUUUAACUGAAAAACAAAGGUUCAUGGAUGGGGAGAAGGAUGUAGCCAUUAUCUCAGAAGCUGCGAGUUCAGGUAUCUCACUUCAAAGUGAUCGAAGAGCCCGAAAUCAGCGGAGAAGGGUCCAUAUUACCCUAGAGUUGCCAUGGAGUGCUGAUAGGGCUAUUCAGCAGUUUGGAAGGACACAUCGAAGUAACCAGGUCAAUGCUCCUGAGUACAUUUUCCUCAUAUCAGACCUGGCUGGUGAGAGGAGGUUUGCUUCUAUCGUUGCCAAGAGAUUGGAAAGUUUGGGUGCUCUGACACAUGGAGAUCGUAGAGCCACAGAGACCAGGGACUUGUCUCGUUUCAACAUUGACAACAAAUACGGUCGAGCAGCACUCGAAGCCACCAUGAAAACUAUCAUGGGCUACGAGAGCCCUCUAGUCCCUCCUCCUCAAGACUACAAGGGUGAUUUCUUCAAAGAUAUCGCUGAUGCUCUAGUGGGAGUAGGUUUAAUAACCAACAGUGACUCAAUGCCUGGCAUCCUAAUGUUAGACAAGGAUCACAACAACAUGAGCAAGUUCCUUAAUCGUAUCCUUGGAAUGCCAGUGGAACUUCAGAAUCGAUUGUUUAAGUAUUUCACAGACACUCUACAAGCGAUUAUCACUCAAGCCAAGAAAUCCGGCAGAUUCGAUCUUGGUAUAUUAGAUUUGGGUACAGCAGGGGAAAAUGUAAAGCGAGUGAAGCUGUACACAUUCUUGAGAAAACAUGCGACUGGUUCAGCUACAACUGAGCUGCACAUUGUCCACGUCGAACGAGGCAUGGGAUGGGAGGAGGCAAUGGAGCGAUGGGCAGAGCUAGUGGGAGCCAGAGAGGGAUUCUACCUUUCACAUCAGAUCCGUAAUGGAAAACAAACAGCAAUAUUGGCGAUAUGUCCAGAAGCUAGCAACAAUAAGACAGGCAAGAAGACCGAAACAGCAAAGAAAGAUCAGCUUUAUACAAUAUACAGGCCAAAUACUGGCCUUCAGCUAAGACAAGAAACUCUUGGGGAGCUGGAAAAGAAGUACAAGAAAGUGGAGUGUGCUGAUGCAGAGAAACAUUGGAAACAACAGUAUGAAUCAUCAGAAACAACUUGUUCGCAUGCGUAUUGGAGAGGCAACUGCAAGAACGUUACAUUGGGACUGGACUGUGAGGUAGGGUUGAGACGACGUACAUACAAUGUACUAGCAGGCUCAGUCCUCAGUGUAUGGACACGGGUAGAAAAUAUUCUUCAAACCAAGACUGGUCAUCAAACCAAAAUGCAGGUUGUUCGCUUACGCACCGCUGAAGGCGUAAAAAUUGUUGGUACUCUGAUUCCAAAGAGCUGUGUAGAGUCCCUGCGUGAAGCUCUCGCAUCUGAUGCUGAAAAGACCAACGAAGAAGUGUUUUAAGAAUCAAAGUGUCAAAUGUGUCUAACCUAUAAACAGCAAAUCUAAUCGUAUAUUACACGGAUCAUUAUAAUGAUCUACACAAUCUAUUCCUUUUCGUUUUGUGUAUAGAGAAUUCGCUCUGUAAUUUGAUCAACUGAUUUUGAAAUGUAACACCAAUUUGUGUUAGCAUUUGAUUAUUUUGAGACAUUGA